UAUGUGAAUUGGCUCAAGAACUGUGAUUUUAGACCCAAAAUAUCUCUCUCACUUUCUCAACGUCUCUCUUGCUCUAUCGUAUCUCCAGUAAACAGCAAGAAUAAUGCAGAGCCCUUCUUCUUCUUCUCCAUCUCUGCUCUUUUCCCCCAAUUCUCUCACUGUCUCACCGUCUCUCUACACCUCUCUGCGCUUCGCAAUACCCUUCAAAAAUCGAAGCCCUGCUUCUAUUCACACCUCUUCAUUCCCAGCUCGAUUAUCUCUCACUUUUUCCCGCGUUCACCACCGCUCUAUUCCUUCACUACACUGCAAUGCUGUACAAGAGAUUGUGGAAACCAGUGUUGUGCCUGAGCCGGGAUUUGUAGAGACUGGAUAUAUAUGCAGUGUUCAUGGGCUUCAAGGUGAGGUUAGGGUAAAGACUGCCACGGAUUUUCCUGAACUGCGAUUUUGUAAGGUAGACAGAAUUAAACAGCCAGGAAGACGGUGGCUGAGGCAACAAAUUUUAGGGAGGCAGAUGAUUCAAGAAAUUGAACUGGUUGAGGGUAGGGGGCAUCCUGGGCAGAAGAGUUGGAUAGUUAAAUUUAAUGAAAUCAACACAGUAGAACAGGCACAAAAACUGGUUGGAUCAACCAUCCUUGUAGCUGAAGAUGAUAGACCAAUUUUGCAUGAAGGUGAAUUUUAUACCCGUGAUCUUGUUGGUAUGAGAGUUAUUCUUAAGGAAACUGGAGAGCCAGUGGGAACUGUUAUUAAUGUUUUCAAUACUGGAGCAAGUGAUCUUCUUCAUGUCGAACUUGAUUCAUCUUUUCAUCCACCUGGUCAACCUGGAAAGCCAAAGAGGGAAGCAGGUGCUUCUGGUCCCCUUGUUUGGGUUCCAUUUGUUGAAGAAAUUGUUCCGAAUGUUGACUUAAGUAGAAAGGAAAUGUUGAUCACGCCUCCAAAGGGACUCCUAGAGUUAAAUAUCCGCACUGAUGAAAGAUCUAAGAAAGAAAGGCGCCAGCUUGAAUGGAAAGAAAGAAAAAAGUUUCAAAGAUGCCUUAUACAAGCCAAGAAGAAACUGCAUGAAAUGGAGCAGCAUCAUGUGUUUCAUGGGUUCAGAUAUGGAGAAAAAAGCCAAACAAGUAUACUUGCAAAUGAGAUAGUCACUGUAAAUUCUAAAUUGCUUGAUCGUGUAUUGAAGAAUAUGGAGAUUCCAUCAAGGAGGUGGAGCUUUCCAGACUUCAUAAGAACUACUAAAGUAAAACAUACUCUAAAAGUGUCGGAAGAAUUCUAUCGUAAUGGAAAAGGGGAGCAUUCUGAGAGAGGUCAGCAUCUCGUGUCAUGUGGGAAGGUUGCUGUUGUUUUGUCUUGGGAAGGAAAGCGGGAGCUGGAGAUGUCUACGCCUCAAAUCAACUUGAACAAUGAUAUGGAAGAAACAUAUCAACUUCUAAAAGCAUUGCUAGAUGAUGACAAUAGAUUGCUCAAGGCAGAAGAUCGGUCAUCUGUACCUUUGGUAUUGAUCUGCCCCGCUCAUUCUGUUGAUUCUCUAAAAGAGCUGUUUAUGAAUCAUGACUUCUUCUCUUUCGACUCGGAGAAGGUCUGGUUCUUGGAAGAAGAUAUGCUUCCGGUUGUUAGUAGUUCACAGGAAGAAGAAAACAAACACAAGAUCUUGAUGAAAUCGCCGUGGGAGAUUCUCCAAAGACCAGUUGGAUCUGGAGGCAUUGUUGGCAUACUUUCAUCCCACAACCUAUUAGAAAAUCUACACGAGAUGAAUGUGGAGUACAUUCAGAUUUGUUCUGUUAAUCAAGGAUACACAAACCAGCAAAUGCUGCUUGGUUUCACUGAUUCAUGCGAAGCAAACGUUGGGAUACAAUUCAAGGACGUGAACAACGUCGAGGAUGAUUUGAACAUGGUGUUUUCCAUCAACUUCAUGAAGAAGUUGGCGAAUCAGACAGACAAACUUCAUUUUCAUGCCAUCGUGAAGCCAAAUCAACAUUCCGAGUUGGUGAACAAAGAGUGGGUUGACGUUAUCCCCUCGUCGCCUAACUCGUAUGAGGUUCAUUGUUCACUUGACAGUUGCUUGAAUGCUUGUAGUCCUGGUAAGGUUUGUCUGUUAGAGGUUGCAGAGUAGUAUAUAUGAUGUAAGUGCAUGACUUGGUCUUCUUGUAAUACUAGUUUCUAUACGCAUUACGUGUGUAGAAUAGUGCCCAACGUUAUGUAAUGAAAAACGUAUAAAGAAAAUGUUUGCUGUGUAAUUUAUUAUGGUAUUUAAUUUAUACAACUUAACAAACA